UCAUCGUCGUCGUGUGCGCACCGACGUCGACGCGUACAGUCGUGUGUUGUGUGUCGUGCAGAUCGCGUCUCUCACUAAUACUAUUAUUAUUAUACAUUAUCUUUUCCUUGGUCUCCGCUGACGUUAAAUUCACCGUCACGUGCGAUUUUAUUUACCGGUAUAAUUUUUACAUCCCGCCAGUCUCAUUUUCCGGUGUCGCAUUCGAACAUUUUUGACGAAUGCAAUUAACGAACGAGUAAGGAUAUCGCACACUCGUCAUUAUCGUGGUCACCGCUACAACAGCAAUAAAAAAAAUACUACGUACAUAUCCUCACUCUUCGCCUACCAAAUGUCAUGUAACUCAAGUAAUAUAAAUUCGGAAAUCAAAAAAUAAAUAGUUCGUUGAAAUGUCUUCGUCGUACUUGUGGGUGGCUUGCACCUUGUUGGUUGGAAUUGUCUCCUGGACCUCUGCUGUGAACAGCCCAACCAAAACGUACACAGGAUACAAACUGAAUCCAACGUCUCUACGUAUGAUAUACUACCAUGACCAGACUAUAGCCAUUGUUGAAAUCGGUGAAGGUAAAGCUCUCCUCAACUGCGAGCUUGUCGAAAUCUACAAUGACGAAGAAGGCAAAGAAAUGUUAAAAAAUCUUACGAGAAUCAACAAACCACUGCGAAUCACUCUAGAUCAAAUGAUGAAACUGAUUGGCCAAUGCGAUCUGUUGGAUCCACAUCAAGUGAAUCCCGAAGAGGCGAAGUUGCACGCACGUGGUGUCAACGGUGGUGAAGAAAUGAACUCAAACGGUGGCGUUCAAACGACUACCUCCAGUUCACUGUAUUCGGGAAUACUACCAGGUACAAAAUGGUGUGGAAGUGGAGAUUUAGCUACAACAUUUUUUGAUUUGGGACCAGAGGUCAAAUUGGAUAUGUGUUGUAGAACGCAUGAUCUGUGCCCAUCAAAAGUCAGAUCGUAUGCCACCAGAUAUAACAUCACUAACAAUUCAAUGUACACAAAAUCACAUUGCAUUUGUGAUAAAACAUUUUACAACUGUCUGAAAAAAGCCAAACAUUCUACCGGAGAUCUCAUGGGAACUUUAUACUUCAAUAUACUUCGUGUGCCAUGUGUGGAUGAAAGGAACGGAAAAACAGUAUUUAAAUUACCACCAACAUACUAAAUUACUUUUUGAUUUUUGUAUAAAAGUUAAAAUAAUUCAUGUUUUGUAUUAUUUUAUUUAUAUUUAUCUUAAAUAUGUAUUAACAUAUUAUGUAUGAGAAUAAUCUGAUCAUCAAACACAAAUUUUAUAAUGUACAUUACAUCAUCGAAACAAAUGUUGACAGUAAUAUUAUUGAUAUUAUUGCCACAAUAUUAAUUGUUAUAGAUUUACGUAUUAAAAUUUUAAUAAUAUAUUUUUAAAAAAGCAAUUUAAA